AUGUGUAUCGGACUGAGGUCUCGUCACUUCCCUACUUGCCAUUUCUUGCAACUUGAAGAGAUACUCGAGGAGUUCGCAAAAGACAUAAGUGAUUAUGUGAAGUCAGCUGCCUUAUUCCGCCCCAUUUCUGCAGCCAUAGCUGGACGGUUCACAAGUACCGUUUGUUUGGGUCCCGGGACAAAGAUCAUCUCGGGCCUGCACACGCCUGCUACGCAGCCAGAAGAGGGGGCGGACAGUAUGGAUGUGGCAGAGGAGAAGCCGAAGGAAGAAAACAAGGAAGAAGCUCUGAAGGUACAUGCUACUCGACUGGGCAUGCGCUCGUCAAUUUUUGCAAGUGACGACAAGGAGAAGGAUCGUAUGAAAGAUGUUGAUGAGGUGGACGAGCCCCAUGUCGUCUCUGCGCCAGCUGGUCCGUCUAUACCAGGCCCGGAUGUCAAGCCACCUGCAGCAAUGCUGCUGCGGAUGCUCCUGGCCAAGACCCAGACAUCGUACCUUAUGAAGAUCAAGAUCUCGAUACCACUGAACCGGACCCCAAUACACGACAGCAGCCACAGCACGAGCUCCAACAACAGCAACGACAACCAGUAG